AUGGAAAGGGAGCGUAUGGCUCAAACACUUCCAUCUUUGACCGUGCCGCAGUUGUCUUCCCAAAAUAGCCCGCACUCCACGGCCUUAUAUGUGCAGGCCUUCAGCGUGUGCCUGAGGGGGCAUCAUGUAUCUAGGCCACACAAUGCAGGCUGUGGGCUCAUUGUUGCUGCCUACCAGCAGGCCUAUCGCCGCCCCAGGGACGAGGCCUCACUUUACGUCUCGGGACGGCCCGCCAUGCAUCUCGCUCAGCUCAACCGUGAGUGUCUCCUCCACCUUUUCUCCUUCCUGGACAAGGACAGCCGGAGGAGUUUGUCCCUUACCUGUCAUCAGCUGCGUGAGGUCUUCCUGGACCCCCGCCUCUGGAACCUACUGCUCUUCAGCUCCCCUUGUCAGCUAAGAAAGGACAACUUUGUGCUGGGACCCUCGCUGCGUUACCUGACUAUUUGCUGGUACUCCAGCAGGGUCCUGCAAGUGUGCAACAUCGAGGACUGGUUGAAGAGCUCGUUUCAGAGGGAUAUCUGCAGUAAACAUGAAGGCCUUGUCAGCACUUUUCUGGCCCAUGUCUGCCACAUGUGUCCCAACCUGCUUUCGCUCACCCUGUCCGGCUGUGGACACAUCACUGACCAGGAUGUGAUCUCCGUGCUGCAGAGCUGCAGGAAGCUGCGCCGCCUCCACCUGGAGAACUGCGUCCGCAUCACCGACCGCAGCCUGCAGGGUGUGGUGGCUCACGGAGGCAAUCUGGAGGAGGUGAAGGUGGACUUCUGCAGGAACAUCACUCAGGCAGGGCUGCAGAGCUGCGGGGAGAGGAGGCCGGACAUCCAGCUGAGCGCAGAAAGGAGCGCUGAUAUGAUUCCUGACAGCCAGCCUGAGGAGAAGGUGCCGCUCAGGAGGACGCUGCAGAAAGUCCUGCAGUUUUCCUGAGAGACGUGCGUCACAUCCACAAACACAGGGACCACAAGGAAGAACAUUUCUGUGACUUUAAUGUGAGGACUUGACUGUGAUGCUUUUGCUCUGGUUUGUAUUUGUAUUUAUUAGAAGUGUUUUGCACCUUUUUUUAAAAAACCUUUUUGUACAACACAUUUUUUCUACAAAGACACAAUAAGUCUUAUCUGACCUAACAAAUAAUAAACCAAUGUUUUUGGAAA